AGUGACCUCCCGUUGCCUUUCCUGGCAGCCCCUCACCCAAGGGUGUUCGUGGGCGCCUGCACAGAGGGUGGGGAGCAGGCGGCGUUCCACCACCACGCUGAGGCCUGGGUCAGAGGAUGCGCAGCCAGUCACCUCUGCUCCCCCAAGUCAAGCGAGGUACAGGCCGUCCCCAGGCCAGCAACGCUCUGGGUCUCACGUGCCCAGUCAACUUGAGGGGCAGCUCAGGCAGCGGUUUCCAUGGGAACAGCAUCUGCUCCUGGAGCUCCCUCGGGGCACAGAGCUGUCCACGCCAGGCCCGGGGCCCAGGACUGAGGAAAGGACCCGGCCAGGCCUGCCGUCCUCCUGGGACCCUCCUGGGCUGGUUCUGGUCUCAGCACAGAGGCUGAAUCUUAGGGAGGGAAGGUCCAUGGCAGGGCCACCCCAAUCCCAGGCACCCAGCACCCACCACUGAGCCUUCCUUCCCAGCGGGACGACCUGUCCUUGCCUCUCACUUGGUGUCAGCCAGCAGGCGGCUGUUGGCAGCCCAAGGCUGGACUCCAGCAUUGCAGCCCAUCCGACUGGGGACAAAAAGUUGACCCAAGGGACGGCGCCGGGGCCUGCGCUGUGGGUACCGCACUCCUGUCUGUCACCUGCUUAGGCCCUGAACCUUCUGGGCCCCAGUGGCCGAGGGAUUAGUCUCCCUCUGCUGCUAAUAGGCUUAGAGGAAGCCGAGCUGCCCUUGUUCUGGGCCAGGGUCACUGGGCUUAGGGCAUCGGGGAGUGGCUCUGGGGAGAGGAGAGGAGGUCACCUGGUCGGUGUUGCACGGACACCAACAGGUGACACUGGCGCCCACAGGGAGCUCCGAGCACUGAGCGGCUGGGAAGACACUGCCACAGCUCAGCGCAGCGUCUCCUGUGAGACCGGCCCCUUCCCUGCCUGCAUCCCCGCCUUCUCUCGGGUCCCCCUUCAUUGGCGCUGCCUGCGCCCAGCGUGAGGGAGUCCAGAAGCCCAAGGUCGCCACAGGGUCUCUGCCAGCCUGGCCAUGAACCUGGAGCCGCCCAAGGCCGAGAUCCGCUCGGCCACCAGGGUGACGGGGGGCCCUGUCACUCCCAGGAAAGGGCCCCCCAAAUUUAAGCAGCGGCAAACCAGGCAGUUCAAGAGCAAGCCCCCCAAGAAAGGUGUCCAAGGGUAAGCAGA